ACAUUUAAUACAACAUCACUCCUUGUUUCUUGAAAUACUUUCUCCAUUUGGCUCUCAGAGCAGCUACACUUCUCAUCUGCUCACUAUUUCUUCUCAGUCUCCUGACAUUCAUUCAACAAAUAUGUAUUCCUCACCUGUAAUCCUAGCACUCCGGGAGGCUAUGGCAUGUGGAUUGCUUAAGCUCAGGAGUUCGAGACCUGAGCAAGAGUGAGAUCCUAUCUCUACUAAAACAAUAGAAAAUCUAGCUGGGAGUUAUGGCAAGUGCCUGUAGUCCCAGCUACUCAGGAGGCUGAGGCAAGAGAACAGCUCAAGUAGAAGAGUUUGAGGUUGCUAUGAUCUAGGACACCAUGGCACUCUAUUCAGGGUGACAGAGUGAGACUCUGUCUCAAAAAAAAAAAACAAAAAACCCAACCAAUAAAUAUGUAUUCUAUACCAGGACUUUUCUAAAUACAGAUAUUCCUGAACUUACAGUGGGCUUACAUGCCAAUAAACCUAUUGUAAAUUGAAAAUAUUGUAAGUCAAAAAGAUGUUUAGUACACCUAAUCGACAAACCAUCAUAUCUUAGCCUAGACUAUCUUAAAUGUGCUCAGAACACUUACAUUAGCUUACAAUUGGGCAAAAUCAUCUAACACGAAAUCUACUUUAUAAUAAACUGUUAAAUAUUUCAUGUACUUUGUUGAAUGUACUGGAAGUGAAAAACAGAAUGGUCGCAUAGGUACUAAAAGGAUAGUAUGUACUGAAUGCAUAUUACUUUCACACUAUAGUAAAGUCUAAAAAUCUUAAGUCAGGGUUUGUCUGUAUUAGAGAUUCAGCAGUGAACAAAACAGACAAAAAAUGCUUUCUAUCAUGAAACUACAUGCUUUUGUCUCUUUACCUUUUCUUUUACCUCCUCUCUCCUUGAGAUCUCACCCAGUAGCCUACAUGAUAGAAUUUUCUGCCCUACGGUUCUUGCUCUGGCCCUCCUCUGACAGGUAGGCCAGAAGACGAGGUGGCCAUGAGGCCAAAAGAUGUGCUGACACAGCCUAUGUAUUCUUUCUCAAGGCAUAAUGGUUGACUAUAAGACAGCUAUUUUUGGAUGAAGCUUGGACAUUCAGGCUGGAUGUCCACACCUAUCUUCAUAAAGCCUCUCAAAGUACAAAAAAGAAGCAGAGGUGGAAAGAUAACAGGUAUGGCCAAGAGCUAGUCCUGACUAGCUCCCCUCAAGAUGUUAUGUUAUGGCCCUGAACUCUAAGGAGUAUAGGAAUCCCAAAUUUAUACCUGGCCUUCUGGGUCAUCUUGAAGGUAAACUUCUCAAGGUAGAAUAGAACACAUUUUAUUUAACAGCUUAUUCUUUUUAUUUUAAAUGGUGUAUAGGUGUCCAGUAUUACACUUGCCCCUGGACUCCUGGAAUAUUAAGACCAGGUCUCUUUAGACCUGUUGUCUACCCCUAUUCAGACUUAUAUCCACCUGCCUAUGGACAUGAGGUAUAACCCCCUGGAACUUAAUAACCAUCUCACAUUUAACAUGGCAUAGAUCAGGGGUGUCCAACCUGUAGCCCAUGGGCUGCAUGAUGACUUUUUGAGGACUUAUUCUAUCUGUGAUGUCAGACAUCAUAAAAAGUAUGUUUUUGCUAAUUAGCUUUCAUUAGUGUUUGUGUAAUUAAGGUGUGGUCCAAACAAUUCUUAUUCUGCCAAUGUGCAGCAGAGAAAAAAGAGGUUGGACACUCCCGGUAUAGACAGACUCUUGAUUUUCUCCCCCACAUUCCUGCUCCAAUUUUUCCCACCUUUUAAAAUAGCCUACUGUUUGUUUUUGUUUUGUUUUUUCAGACGAUCUUAGUUUUUCGCACUGGGUUGAGUGCGAUGGCAUCACUGUACCUCACUGCAACUUCAAACUCUUGGGCUCAAGCCAUCCUCUUGCCUCAGCCUCCAGAAUAGUUGGGACUACAGGCACUAUCACAAAGCCCUACUAAUUUUUCUAUUUUUAGUAGAGAUAGGGUCUUAUUCCUGUUGAGGCUGGUCUCCAAUUCCUGAUCUCAAGAAAUCCACCCUCCUUAGCUUCCCAGAGUCUAGGAUUACAGGCGUGAGCCACUGUGCCAGCCUAUAUGCUCACUUUAAAAGAAAAAAAUUAGAAUAAAACUUUCUAAAAAUUUUAAUUAGAAAAUGUUUUCCUGAGUUAUUAAAGCUCUAUGAAAACUUUAAACAAAAUUAUAUGAAAACCAAUGAGAAUUAUAAUAACUUUUUUUCUACAAUUAAACAAAUACAUAUCUUUACACACUAAGGGCCCUUUUACUUAGAAGAAAAUCCACCUGUUCUAUCUUCCCCCUUUCUCCCUACUAUACUUGACUAGUCUUAAAAAACAUUAAUAAAGGGCGGCGCCUGUGGCUCAAAGGGGUAGGGUGCUGGUCCCAUAUGCCGGAGGUGGUGGGUUCAAACUCAGCCCUGGCCAAAAACUGCAAAAAAAUAAAAUAUAUAUUAAUAAAAUUAAUGAAAUUUUAAAAAGAAGAAAAUCCGGAACUUCACUAAAAAUCCGGUGGACGGUAUCUUUUGUACCUGCUACUCUCCCUCGACUCUCUGUGCUGUAGUCACGUCGGACUUCAGAAGGUCUACAUUCAAAUUUAUUCAUACUUUGAGGUCUUUAAAAGAAAUAGAAAUAUUUUUAUUUACUACAUUUGACAACUUAAAUGAAACCUUCCUAUCUAAAAUGAGCAGGUUUCAGGAACUUGUCACUAUUGUUUGUUCCUGCCAAUUUACUAGCUGUCUGUGUGACCUUUAACAGCUAGGUAAUCUCACAUCUGCAGGUACGGAUAGUUACCGCAGGGUAACUGUGAAGCUUAAACAAAAUAGCAUGUGUAUCGUUUUUAGCAUAGUCAGUGGUCACUGAAUGGGAGGUAUUGCAUUGUUCGUUAACUACCAUAAAGGCUCAGCUCAGCAAACAGUCGCUGACCCAGCCUGAAGGGAACCCACCACACCUCGGGAAAGGGCGAGCAGGGACGGCAAUGCAGCGCUGAGAAAACGAGGAAUGCCUUCUACGCCCAGCGUUAAGCAAGCAGUCUGAUACUCUGACGCAGUCAACCCGACCGUGAGAGAAAACCCGCCGCAGUUCAGGCUACGAGCCCGCCUUCUCCAACGAAGAGAAACAAGCGACACCGUCCCAAGUACUUCCGUUUGGGUGCGCCUGCCCUGCCCCGCCCCCCGCCUGCACUUUCGACAAAAUACGGAGUCUAGUAUUUCUCUCUGACGCCUUUAUAUUUUCUUCACUUCUUUCUCAUCCUGACCGAGUUUGAAAAUAAAAAUUAAUCUGCGAGGAAUUCGAGACACGCAUGGCUACAGAAAGAUCAGUGAAGCGGGAGUGGCGAAAGUGCGCAGCGGAAGCACCGCUCGCCUUCUCUUCUCUGUCCGGAAGUCGCUGAGUAUAAAUGAGUCCCAAAGCCGGCGGCCUCUGCUAUUGUCACGCGCUGGGCCACCGGGUACAUGUGGAGGAUUCCAGGUGCCCGCGCAGCGCUUCGUGGAGUCCGGACAGCGGUGGAGCAGCGCAGCCGAACCGACAAGGCGACUGAGGCGGCGGCGGGUGCGAUGGAGCGCGCUGUGGUGCGCUGUGUGCCGUCGGAGCCCAAGCUGAGCCUGUCGUUCGCGCUGGCCGACGGCAGCCACAAGAACAUGCAGCGCGACCAGAGCGAGCCUCUGGGUCGGGCCCUCAGCCGGAUCGCUACGAACGCCCUCAAGGGCCACGCUAAGGCGGCGGCCGCCAAGAAGAGCAGGAAAAAUCGGCCGAACUCGAGCGGCGGUGCAGCCUGUGCUGGGCCUGGGCCCGAGUCGGCUGCAGCCUGCGAGCCCGUGGUGAAGCUGUACUACCGGGAGGAAGCCGUGGCUGACGACGUGCUCAAUGUGGACGCUUGGCAGGACGGCGCGGUGCUGCAGAUAGGCGAUGUCAAGUACAAGGUGGAGCGCAAUCCACCCGCCUUCACCGACCUCCAAUUGCCGCGCUACAUCAUGGCGGGCUUCCCAGUGUGCCCCAAGCUCAGCCUCGAAUUUGGGGAUCCCGCCGGCUCCCUCUUCCGCUGGUACAAGGAAGCCAAGCUCGGAGCGGUGGAGCCUGAGGUCGGUGGCCCCUCGUCAUUGUCUCCCUCCACGCCCUCUUCUACUUGGACGGAGAUAGGUGUGGACGAGCGCGUCUACACCCCGUCCAAUGCCGACGUCGGGUUACGGCUCAAGCUUCAUUGCACCCCAGGCAAUGGGCAGCGCUUCGGGCCGAGCCGGGAGAUAGAAAGUGUGUGUCCGGUGGAGGCUGGACCAGGCACCUGCACUUUUGACCAUCGGCAUCUCUACACUAAGAAGGUGACAGAGGACGCUCUUAUCCGCACUGUCUCCUACAACAUCCUGGCAGACACGUAUGCUCAGACUGAGUUUUCGCGGACGGUCUUGUACCCAUACUGUGCUCCCUAUGCUCUGGAAGUCGACUACCGCCAGAACCUUAUCCAGAAGGAACUCACGGGCUACAAUGCCGACGUCAUCUGUUUGCAGGAAGUUGACCGCACUGUGUUUUCUGACAGCUUGGCGCCCGCCCUUGAGGCCUUCGGGCUCGAGGGCGUUUUUCGAAUCAAGCAGCACGAAGGCCUGGCUACUUUCUACCGAAAGUCUAAGUUCACCCUCCUUAGCCAGCAUGACAUUGCUUUCCAUGAGGCCCUGGAAUCCGACCCCCUUCACAAAGAACUGCUGGAGAAACUAGUUUUGUACCCAUGGGCGCAGGAGAGAGUACUGCAGAGAUCUUCUGUUCUUCAGGUUUCAGUUCUUCAGUCUACAAAGGACUCCUCUAAAAAGAUAUGUGUCGCUAAUACUCAUCUUUACUGGCAUCCAAAAGGUGGGUACAUUCGUCUCAUUCAAAUGGCAAUAGCUUUGGCUCACAUUAGACAUGUCUCAUGUGAUCUGUAUCCUGGCAUACCAGUUAUAUUUUGUGGGGACUUUAAUAGUACGCCAUCAACAGGAAUGUAUCAUUUUGUCAUCAAUGGAAGCAUUCCAGAGGAUCAUGAAGACUGGUCUUCCAAUGGGGAAGAAGAAAGAUGCAACAUGUCUCUUACUCAUUUCUUCAAACUGAAAAGUGCUUGUGGUGAACCUGCUUACACAAAUUAUGUUGGUGGCUUUCAUGGAUGUCUAGAUUACAUUUUCAUUGACUUCAAUGCUUUAGAGGUUGAGCAGGUGAUUCCAUUACCUAGUCAUGAAGAAGUUACCACUCACCAGGCCUUACCUAGUGUUUCCCAUCCCUCUGAUCACAUAGCACUUGUAUGUGAUUUAAAAUGGAAAUAGACUUGGGUUUAAUGGAAGUUGUUUAGACCUGAAAAAGAAGUUAGUUACUUAGCAGAAAAUUUAAUGUGUAAACUUAUGUAACUUUCAAAGAGGAAAACUAGACACUAAGGUAAAAUGUUCAUACCCUACUAGUUAUGCUCCAGAUGUUUUCAUUAUGAAACUGUUCAUAAUGUUUGUAUCAUAGUUUCUCUUUGCUUUUUUCCCCCCUACACAUGGAGGAAGUAUUUAUGAAUAGCAAGAAGAAAACUGAAUUAUGGUGUACAUUUUUGUAAGUGUUUUUUAGCUAGUAAUUAAGAAUUUUUUAAGUACCAUUUGAAUGAUCAUAUUUUUCUUUCAUAACAUACAUUCCAAAUUGAAUCAUGUUUAUAUAAUUAGAGGAAAAUGCAUGUAAGUUAAGGUGAGAGACCUAUGUCCUAAAACAUGGAAUGAAUAUUAGGGUUCACCUCUACCUCAAUUUGGUUAGCAAUUUACUACAGUUUUAGAGCUUUAACAAAAGAGUAAAAUAUACUGUCACUUGUUAUUGCUGCUUAUCCUUCAUUUUUCAACUAACAAGGUAUUUUCAUUCUCUGAUUUUUAGGAUUUUAGUUUUAGUGUAUAGUACAAAUGGACAUAAUUUAUAUUCUCAUUCGUAAUGGAGGUCAUUUUAAUUUUUAGGAUGCAAGCACAAUUUAGUAUUGAAAGUGAAUAGCAACAUUCAACUUGAUCCCAUUGUCAUUAAUUAGUCUUGCCCAUGAAAUAAGUCACCGGGGUAUUUGACCAAAUAUUAGUGCACAACACAUUACUUUAUGAGAAACUACCUAAAAUAAGGCUUGAAAUUUUGGGUGAAGCAUUGAGCAUUUCUGUGCUAGAAAUAUUUUCAAAAUUGAUUUUUAUAAACAUGAAAAAAGGGGACUAAUGAGACUUCUGAGCAUUUCUGAUAUAAACUAUUCUUUAUAGACUUGAGCAUUAUAGUUUGAGUUACAGGAUGACAUUAUGUGUGUGUAUAUAUAUAAUAUAUGUAUUAUAAAAAAUUUUAAAUAUAAAACCAAAUUCUUUUUAAAAUUAGAAAUUACAGGUAGUUGUACUGAUUAGUGUCUAGCCAAGAGUGAUAACUGAUCUUUGGUAACUCAAUUAUCACCAUGCAUUUUUUAUAAUGCUUUUGCUAUUCCUUUUUUGAUGUUCAGGAUAACAUUGAUAUUUCUGCAUUUAAUUUCUAGCUCAGGUGUUGAAAGCCCAAGAACUAUGAUUUUCUUCAGUGAUUAAAACCCUCAUUUCAAAUUCUUUAAUCUCUGAACCCAAUACCCUAAUAGUUAUCUUCUUUUGAUAAAGUACCAGUAGUCUAUACUUUCACAUUCUAUACCAUCAAAUGUAUUAACUCUUAGUAUGUUUGAGAAUGAAAGGGUUUUUCCCUAUAUAUCAGAUCAAAUCUUGAAGUUCUUAAAAUUACUUGAAGGGAAAAUUUAAGUGGCCAUUUCUUGGGAUCUUGCUUAGGAAAAGUUGAAUAAAAAAAUGAUGCUACUGAAUUGUGCCUUCCUAAAUAACAUUUUUGAGAACAAUUUUAAAUAUUAAAACUAAAAUCCAGGUUUUUUUGCAAAAUAUAUUUUCUUUUUAAAAUUUUUUUUGGUCUGCUUUUAAACAAAUGCAUUGACACCACCCUUACAGUAACUUGGAAGAAAAAGUUUCCCAGCAAAACACUGAAAAGCAUUUUGAAAGAAAAAAUUGUAAUGUGGGAUAAUUACUCAUGCUCAUGUUAGCACUAUGACUAGCUAGAUUAAGCUCUAGUCAUAAAAACUAAGCGCUUAUCAAAUAUUCCAUGUUCUUGGCUCAUACCUGUAAUCUCGGCACUCUGGGAGGCCAAUGCUGGUGGAUUGCUUGAGCUCAUGGGUUGGAGACCAGGCUGAGCAAGAGCGAGACUCCAUCUCUAAAAAAAUAGCCAGACAUUGUGGCAGGUGGCUGUAGUCCUAGCUACUCAGGAGGCUGAGGCAAGAAGAUUACUUGAGCUCAAGAGUUUGAGGUUGCUGUGAGCUAUGACGCUACAGCACUCUAACAAGGAUGACAAGUGAGAUUCUAUCUCAAAAAAAAAAAUAAAAUUCCGUGUCCAAAUCCUUAAAUUUGAUUUUUGCUGAUAAGACAUUAUAGUCAGAUUAUACUAUUUCUGAGUAUUAGGAUGGAGAAUGUUAUUGUAAAGUACCAUAUAUUCUGGUCAAAUCUCCAGGAUACAGAUAUAGAAUGAUUGGCGUCCAAAAGUAGGGAAUACUAACAAAAUGUAUACAUACCAUACCCAUAUUUCCUUACACUCAUGAGUUAGAAUAAAGUAUUAUUCAAAAUGUUUGUGUUUAAACCUACCUUUAUGAUUGCAUUUUUCUAUUACAUUUGGAUCCUUUAGUACAUUUAAUAAAAUAUGGGAAGGCUAGGAACUUUUUUUUUUUUUGGUGGAGACAAGGUCUCACUACUGUCCUCCCACCACCUCAGCUUCACUUCAGCUUUCUAAAAUGCUGGGAUUAUAGGUGUGUGCCACCACACUUGGCGUUAUUUUUUAUGAUAGCUCACAUUUUAUGAUGUCACAAGUUUUUGCUGUAGGAAUUAACGUUCCAUAAUUUUACAUUGAUUAUAAAUAAAAAUAUUUCAGAACAUGUUCUGUUAAAAUGAACUCUUGUACAGUUGCCAACUAUAGAUAGAAAAGGUAUGUGCUGAUAAUUCAUAAUUCAUUAGCAAAUCAUUUCUGAUUGUAAUGUGCAUUCUUUUUAAAAUUCUGAAUACUAAAAUUGGUUUAAAAUUUCUAAGAAUUUCACUGGUUGGUGAUUUUUCUGAGAGUGGUAAGAUCUGAUCAGAAUGUGCUGGUUUCAGCUUAGAGAUCUUGGAGAAGCAUAAGAAAAAGGUCAAAGAAUACUAUUGUGGUAAAAUCUCUCUGGUGCAAAUUGACAUCUUUAGAUCUCAUAUUCUGUAGCUAUGAAGUAAAAGCAGAAUUUCCCUAUAAAUUAGUUUCAUUGGGAUAAAUCCAAGAUUCACAUAUAAUGAAAUAUAAAAUUCUGCCACCUGUAAUCCUAGCACUUCGGGAGGCUGAGUUGGGUGGGUUGCCUGAGCUCAGGAGUUACAGAGCAGCCUGAGCAAGAGCAAGACCCUGUCUCUACUAAAAAUAGAAAAAUUAGCUGGACAUUAUGGUGGGCAUCUGUAGUCCCAGCUACUCAAAAGGCUGAGGCAGGAGUAUUGAUUGAGCCCGAGAAUUUGAGGUUGCUGGCACUCCUACCUAGGGCAAUAGAGAAAUAUGCUGUCUCCAAAAAAAGAAAAAAUUCACCAUUACUAUGAUAGACCCACAUGACAACUUACUAAGGAAAAUCUUUCCUCUGAAAUAUGGUCAACACUAAUUUUCUCAACACAAUUCAAAAUAUUUACAUGCUUUGAACAUUUUACUAUUAAUAAUUUGGUCAAUAGAUUUCAUUUUGGGGAAAGAAACAAUUUUAAGAGCUUUAAGUGAUGGGGAUGAUAUUCAAGAUCUGUGCUCCCACUUUAAUAUUGAAGAUAAUAGAGCUGUUUUAACGGGUGAUUUUUAAAAUUGAGCUAAAAUUCACAUAAGAUUAACCAUUUUAAAGUGUAUAAUUCAAUUGCAUUUAGUACAUUUACAAUGUAAUCUGGUUCCAAAACAAUUUCAUUGCCUCAAAACGUUCUCAUUACUAUACCCUGUACCCAUUAGGCAGUCGCUCCCUAUUCCCUCCAUCUCCCCACUCCUGGCAAGUGCUAGUUUGCUUUCUGCCUUUAAAUAUACCUGUGACCCAUUAUGCCUCUAUAGAUUUCACUAUUUUAAGUAUUUGAUAUAAAUGGAAUCAUAUAAUAUAGGAGCUUUACUGUCUUGCUUCUUUCACUUAGGAUUUCAGGGUUCAUCCAUGUUAUAUGUAUCAGUACUUCAUCUCUUUUUAUGACUUAAUAACACUCCACUGCAGUGAAAUACCACUUUCAUUGGAAUUUUUUGGCUGUUGUGACUCACAAUGCUACGAAUGUUUAUAUAAAGUUUUUGUUUCAACAUCUGUUUGCAGUUCUUUGAAUUAUAUACCUAAUAGUAGGAUGCUGGGUUAUACGGUAAUUCUGUUUAACUUUUUGGGAAGCUGC